AUGGCGGCUUCUCACUCGAACUCAAAUUUUGACAAGAAGAGAAAGAGUUUUCGUUGGAAUCCUGAAAUGAUUGAACAGUUGAUUGAUUCGUUAAUGGAGUAUAAGACACAAAUGUCUUAUAAAGGUAUUGAUUUUGACGGAGAUAAGCCCAUGCAGUAUAAAGAAUUACGUUUGAUGAUGGCCGAAAUUAACAAAGAAGAUACUUCUCUGUUUGGUCCUGUUUAUAUUGAUCAAUUGCCUGAUAGUUUUGAUGAAAUGCCAAAAGAAGAAAAAGAUUUGGCAAAAGAGCAAGUUAAAGUAUCCAAGGAACUGGUUGCCAAAGGAACGAAGAGAGUGAUGGAAAAGGUAAAGGAAAUUAGGCAGUCUUUCUCAAAGGCAGUGAUAUCUGGUAAAAGAAGUGGUAGUGGAAAGAUUGUGUUUGAAUUUUAUGACAAGCUGGUAUUGCUGUGGGGUGGCUCAGCCAAUGUAUCUCCCUUGACAUAUGGUGUUGGAAGCGAUAGUUUCGAACAGGAAAGUGAUUUUGAACAGGACGAACAAGAUAUAUUCAAUGAGCAAGAUGUCAAUGAUUUCUCUAAUGCAACAACACUGUCACUGCAGUUGAAUGUUUCACCAUUGCCAGUUGAAGAUGAUAAUACUGAGGAAACUGAAGCUGUUUCGACAUCAGCCAACAAAAGGAGAGCCAGCUGUGUGCCACAGCUAAUUGAUAAUAAAAGAAAGCAUCUGGAAAAAAACCUGUCUGCAGCUCAGCGUGACAAGAUGCUGUUCGAAGAGGCUAAAGAAGAUGCAAAAUUUAGAAAAGACUUGACAGAGUCAUUGAAGGAUUCGUCGGCUACUUUUGCACAAGGCAUACAAGAUGUGAGCAAGGCCAUUUUGGAUAUGGGUGCAGGGCUUUCUCGGUCAAUUGAAAUGCUAUCACAUGGAUUUAGUCGUGGUCAUCCACCACAUCCUGUGAAUCAAAAUAUGUUCUACCAAUACCCAGUUCAGUAUAUGCCAUCACAUGCCAGCAACCCCAGUGUUUAUAUUCCCAUGUCACAUGAAACCCCCCGUAAAGUGAUGCAACAAGAUAAUGGAAGUGAUGAAAACAUGCAGGAUUGA